AUGUCGGGCACGCCGCGACCGUCGCAGAAGAAGCAGGCGUCGCUGAUGAGCUUCUUCACGCCCAAGUCGGCGAGCCCAGCGCGAGAGGCAAUCACCGCUGCAGCCAGUCUGCCAUCAAGGAAGCGACCGCUGGAAGAAGACACGGAUCAGGGGAAGGGCAAGGCGAGAUUGAGCACGAAGCCGGCGGGCAAGCGGGUACGAAGCAGGGUGCGGGCAGAGAAAGGAGCGACAGACGCUGCGGUAGACGUUGCGGCAGUCGAGGCGGUGUUGCCAUCAUCACCGCUGCGAAGCUCCGGACGGACCGAGCGAUAUGUGUACGAGGAGAAGCGAGAGCGGGCAGGGGAGGCAGAGGCAGAGGCAGAGGAGGAGGACGCGGCGACGCGGCGCAAGAAGGAGGAGCUGCACCGGCAAUUUGUGCGGAAGCUGGGACACCCGGACAGCCUGAUGCGAAGGAGGCGACGAGGCGGGGAGAGAACGGCUGUCCGCGACGUGGACGUUGCCGACCCGACGGAGGGCUCGGAGAUGGAGGUGGAGGGCGGCUCGGGCUCAGAGGCCGAGUCGGAGGCGGAAGAGGAGAAGCCGGCAAGAGGAAGCGGCAACAAGACGAAAAAGGGCAAGACCAACAAGCUGACGCCGAUGGAGGUGCAGUUCCUGGAGAUCAAGCGGCAGCACCCGGACACGCUGCUGGUGGUGGAGGUGGGCUACAAGUUCCGGUUCUUCGGCGAGGACGCGCGGACGGCGGGACGGCAGCUCGGGAUUGUGUGCGUGCCGGGCAAGAUGCGGUACGACGAGGACGCGUCGGAGGCGCACCUGGAGCGGUUUGCGUCGGCGAGUAUCCCGGUGCCGCGGCUAGCCGUACACGUGCGGCGACUGGUGGCGGCUGGCCACAAGGUCGGGGUCGUCCGCCAGAUGGAGACGGCCGCGCUCAAGAAGGCGGGCGACAACCGGAACGCGCCGUUUGUGCGCCGGUUGACGAGCGUCUACACCAAGGGGACGUACGUGGACGAGGAGAUGGAAGCGACCACGAGCGAAACGAGCGAGGCGAAGCAAAAUGGCGGCUACAUCCUCUGUCUGACCGAGACCAGCGUUCGUGGUGGCGGCAGUGGUGCGGACGAACGGGUCGAGAUCGGCGUGCUGGCCGUGCAGCCGACAACAGGUGACAUCCUGUACGACCAGUUCGAGGACGGCUUCCUCCGGAGCGAGCUCGAGACCCGGCUGCUGCACAUCGCCCCGUGCGAGCUCGUCAUCGUCGGCACGCUCUCGCGGACAACGGAGAAGCUGGUGCAACAUCUGUCGGGCAGCGCGGCCAACGUGUUUGGCGACCGGACGCGGGUCGAGCGGGUGGCGGGCAGCCCGACGGCGGCCAAGGCACACUCGGAGGUCGUGCAGUUCUACGGGAGGGUGGGUGGCGGUGAUGGCGAUCUUGAUCUCGACCGCGUCCUCGCGCUGCCCGAAGCCGUGACCAUCUGCUUGGCAGCCAUGAUUCAACACCUGGUCGAAUAUGGGCUGGAUCACGUGUUUUCGCUGACUAAGAACUUUGCUUCGUUUGCGACGCGCCAGCAUGUCCUACUCGGCGGCACCACGCUCGAGAGCCUGGAAGUGUACCGCAACGCGACGGACCACGGGCUGCGUGGCAGCCUGCUGUGGGCCGUGGACAAGACGCAGACGCGAUUCGGCCACCGGCUGCUGCGCAAGUGGAUCGGCCGGCCGCUGCUGGACGGCCGCGUCCUCGCCGCCCGUGCCGACGCCGUCGAGGAGCUGUUGGCCCGCGACACGGCUGCCGCCUCUGCCCGCCGCGACCGCCUCGACCGCCUGCUGGCUGCCAGCGCCCGCACCGACCUCGAGCGCAGCCUGAUCCGCAUCUGCUACGGCAGGUGCACGCGGUCGGAGCUGGCAGCCGUGCUGCAGGCGCUGCAGCGGAUAGCCGGAGCGUUCGAGGACGACGAGGGGGACACGGGACAUGGGCUUCGCUCCCCCAUUCUUCGCAACGCCGUCGCUGCUCUGCCGGCCGUCGGCCCCAUUGUCGGCCGCUUCCUCGACCAGAUCGACGUCGAUGCUGCCCGCCGCAACGACAAGUACGCCUUCUUUCGCGAGCCGGCCGAGACGGACGACAUGACCAGCCACAAGAUGGGCAUCGCGGCCGUCGAGCUCGACCUCGAGGCCCAGCAGACCGUCAUUGCCGAGACGCUCCAGACAGGGUCAAAAGCCAAAGCGAAGCCGUACGUGACCGUGGCUGGGAUCGAGUUUCUCGUCGAGGUGUCCAAUACGGAGCUGCGUCACGUGCCGGCCAGUUGGGCCAAGAUCAGCGGCACCAAGCGCGUAUCGCGCUUCCACCCGCCGGCCGUGGCCCGGCUGCUGCGCGAGCGCGACCAGCACCGCGAGGCCCUGGCGGCCGCCUGCGAUGCCGCUUUUGCUGACCUGCUGCGCGCCGUCGCCGCCUGCUACCAGCCGCUGCGCGACGCCGUCACCGCCCUGGCCACGCUGGACUGUCUGGUGUCGCUGGCCCGCGUGGCCGCGCUGCCGGGCUACGUGCGGCCGGUCGUGCUGGGCGAGGAUGACAGGGACAACGAAAAAGAGACGGCCCCGAGGCUAGUCAUCCGCGGCGGACGCCAUCCCGUGGCCGAGCACCUGCUGCCGGGGGGGUACAUUCCCUUUUCGACGGAGAUGGGGGGUAAAGACGAAGACGAAGACGAAAACGCGACAGCAUCCAAACCGCCCGCCAUCCUCAUCACCGGUCCCAACAUGGGCGGCAAGUCGUCGUUUGUGCGGGCGGUCGCGCUGCUGACGCUGCUGGCCCAGAUCGGCUCGUUUGUGCCGGCCGACGCGAUGGCACUGACGCUGGCCGACGCCAUCCACACGCGCAUGGGCGCGCGCGACAACCUGUUCGCGGGCGAGUCAACCUUUAUGGUCGAGGUGUCCGAAACGGCCGCCAUCCUGCGCGCCGCCACCGCCCGCUCGCUCGUCGUGCUGGACGAGCUCGGCCGCGGCACCAGCACCCACGACGGCGCCGCCAUCGCCCACGCCGUGCUCGAACACAUCGCCCGCGACGUCCGCUGCCGCACCCUCUUCAUCACCCACUACCAGAGCCUCGCCCGCGUCGCCGACGGGCUCGUCGAUCACGCCGGACUCCCCCUCGUCCAGAACGUCCACAUGCGCUUCGCCGCCCGGAACCGCGGCCUGGUCGGUGAUGCUGGAAAGGCCGAAAUGAAAAACACUGAAAACACUGAAAACUCCGAAAACCCCGAAUCCCCCGACACCGACACCGACAACACCGAAAUCACCUUCCUCUACGAAGUCGCCCCCGGCAUGGCCCACCGCUCCUACGGCCUCAACGUCGCCCGCCUCGCUCGCCUCCCACAGCGCGUCAUCGCCGUCGCCAACCGCAUGUCCCGCGAGAUGGAACACAACACCCGCGUCCGCCGCCUCCAGGCCGCCGCUCACCUCACCGCCGACCUCCUCGCUCACCCUCAGCAGCCACUUUCGGCAGCCUCCAUCGCAGCAAACCGUCUCCAACUCCUCGUCUCCACCAUUGAGCAGCUCUGA